CAUCGGUAGUACCAUUCUUGUUCUUUACAGAUACGGUUAAACGUCUCUCAUUACCAUCUUUAAAAUGCUCAUUAUCACUGCUCGUUUUCUUCUUCUCAAACUUAUGGUCACCGUGCUCCUGACGGUAGAGGGCACUCCUCUCAAUCAUUCGCUGUUCUGGAAAUUCCAAGAGACAGAUAAAACGACAGUAACUCCGACAGAACUAGAAGAUGGAAAUGUGGAAUUUAAUAAAACGUACCAUGACGAUCAUGAAAUGGGGAAAAGUGGACUGGAUAAUGUUACCAGUCAAACAGAACCAAACGAUACGGUAAUGUCUGCUUCUGAAAGGAACGAAACCGUGACUAAUGGAAAUCGUCAAGGAAACGAAACUGAAACUAGUACAGACGUACAAUCAACUCCUUGGACAUCCUUAAACGAAACUGAAACUAGUACAGACGUACAAUCAACUCCUUGGACAUCCUUAAACGAAACUGAAACCAGUACAGACGUACAAUCAACUCCUUGGACAUCCUUAAACGAAACUGAAACUAGUACAGACGUACAAUCAACUCCUUGGACAUCCUUAAACGAAAAUGAUGCUGUUUUCACAAGUCAUUCAAACGAAACGGACAAGAACAAUGAACACAGCGUCACGUUUCAUCACGAUCAGGAAGAAAAGAAAGAAAUCACAACAACAGAGGUCGUUUUAGAAAAAGAAACUGAAACCGUGACAUACGGUUCAGAAAAGAAGUCCCACUUAACGUCAAGUAAAGUACCAUAUAAAACAAGUACAACACAACCCAGUAAAACUAACAGACACGCGAUGUCUUCUGUUCAAACGUGGUCAGUUGAAGCCUAUGGUAACCAUAGAAACAGUGACGUAACAAAGAAAAACUCUGACAGUAAACCCGUUUAUACUCCAUUAUGGCUCAACAAUAAGCACAACCUCCCAGAUAAACCUCACGGAGACGUGGUUAUAUAAAACAGUCAGGCUACGUUCGCAAAACUGGUGCGUAUAAUAAAAACUGCAAAAAUAUUAAUUAAUGUACGAUAGAAAUAAGAUUUUAUCGUCAAGAUGGAGGACUCGAAUCAAAUGAACUUUGUUAUAUUUUUAACCACUUUUCGAGCAAAAUUUUCAUUCUGUACUACAAAAAAAAAACGAAGUUGCAAACCGUUUUAUGUAACACUAACUUAACCAACACUGUAGACUGAGUGUAAAUUAUCUGUCGGGCAUCUUGCCGAGAGUAAUAAGUAGGUUGUUUCGCCUUUCCUUUGCAGAAGUAAAAAAAAAAGGAUUUCUCAACAAUGUAUAUCUAUGUUUUCCAAUAACAUAA